UAAUAUGUGGAUAGAAGAGCAUUAGGCAGUCCACAAGUAGAGACUGACUAUUGAUCUUUCAACUACCAAAAUUUUGGCUAACUUAUUUUCUUGUGAAACUCUUGGAAAAAAAAAACUCAAAUUGCUUGCAAAUAUGGCAGAAGCUUUUCUUCAAGUUGUGCUUGAUAACUUGAACUCAAUGAUCCAGAAGGAGCUUGGACUGCUAUGGGGCGUCGACAAAGAGAUGGAGAAGCUUUCUAGUAUUCUCUCAACUGUCCAGUCUGUUCUUGAGGAUGCUGAGGAGAAACAAGUACGAGAUCAAGCAAUCCGAAACUGGUUGGGGAAGCUCAAAGAUGCAGCUUAUGAUGCAGAUGAUGUCUUGGAUGAGUUUGCAACAGAAACCUCUCGACAGCAAUGGAAAAGCCAACGAUCUGCAGUCAGAUUCUUUGGCUUAAAGAAUAUCAUGUUUCGUCAUAGGAUUGGCAACAGAAUGAAAGAUGUUGUGCAACGGUUAGAUGAGAUUGCUGAAGAGCGGACAAAGUUUCAUCUGCGAGAGAUUACAUUUUCAGAACGAAAAGUUGAAGUCAUUGAAAACCGCCAAACUGGCUCCAUCAUAACUCAACCUGUGGUUUUUGGAAGGGAAGAAGAUACAGAAAAGAUUGUUCAGUAUUUGAUAUGUGAUGCAGUUGCUUCGGAUCUUUCCAUUUAUCCCAUUGUCGGAAUGGGAGGACUUGGAAAGACAACAUUUGCUCAAUUGGUAUUCAAUGAUGAAAGGGUCAGAAACCAUUUCGAGUUAAGGAUUUGGGUUUGUGUCUCCGAGGAUUUUGAUGUGAAGAGAGUGAUCAAAGCUAUUAUAGAAUCCGCAACUGGAAAUGCUUGUGAAGACCUGGAUUUGGAUCCCCUGCAGAGACGACUUCAAGGGACUCUCAGCACGAAAAGAUAUUUGAUUGUGUUAGAUGAUGUAUGGAACGAUGAUCAAGAGAAAUGGGACAGACUGAAAUACGUACUGACUUGUGGCUCAGAAGGAUCUUCAAUUGUUGUCACUACUCGACUUGAUAAGGUCGCAUCUAUUGUAGGAACAGUCCCUGCAUACCGUUUAUCAGGAUUAUCAGAAGAUGAUUGCUGGUCUUUGUUCAAGGAGCGUGCGUUUGGGGUCGACACAGCACCUGAACGUCCAAACCUCGUAGUCAUUGGGAAGGAGAUAGUGAAGAAGUGUGGAGGUGUCCCUCUAGCCGUAAAGGCUUUAGGAAGCUUGAUGCGCUUUAAAAAGGAAGAAACUCAAUGGCUUCAUGUCAAGGAAAGUGAACUGUGGAAUUUACCACAAGAUGAAAAUUCCAUCUUGCCGACGUUGAGAUUGAGUUAUUUCAACUUACCAAUGAAGUUAAGACAAUGUUUCGCUUAUUGUGCUAUAUUUCCAAAGGAUUCUGAAAUUGACAAGGAAAUCUUAAUUCACCUGUGGAUGGCUAACGGCUUCAUUUCUUCUGAUGGAAAUUUGGAGAUGGAAGAUAUUGGUAACGAGAUAUGCAACGAGCUGCAUUUGAGAUCUCUUUUCCAAGAUGUCAAGAAAGAUGAAUUAGGAAACAUUCAGAAAUUCGGAAUGCAUGAUCUAGUUCAUGAUCUUGCGCAAUCCGUUGCAGGAGGCGAAUGCCAUGUUUCGGGGCCUGGGGGAUUAACUAGUUCAUCAAGGAGAAUUCGUCAUUUAGGUGUCCCUUAUUCUAAGCAGUCAUUCACAUUUCCCGAUGACCUAUAUAAGAUUGAAUCGCUGCGUACACUUCAUCUGCAAAAAAUAAUUCCAUUUUACAGAGACAAUGCCUUCUUCAAGUUUUCAUGUGAUAUUUCAAAGUUCCGAUAUUUACGAGCAUUUAUUGCAUCAGAUUCUGGACUAACAAAGCUUUCAUCUUCUAUCUUGUGUAUGAAGCAUCUUAGAUAUUUAGACCUUUCACAUACGAAAAUCAAAGUCCUUCCAGAAUCCAUUUGUAGCUUAUGGAAUUUGCAGAUAUUGAAACUAGAUUGGUGUUUAAAUCUCCAGAGACUACCUAAUCGAAUACGGCUCCUGCGUAACCUUCGACAUCUUUUCUUCGAUGGUUCGGUAUCCUACCUUCCACCUAAAAUUGGGGAAUUGAGUAGUCUACAAACUUUGACUGCAUUCAUUGUGGGGAGAAAAAGAGGAUGCUAUCUUUCUGAACUAAAAAGACUAAAUCUGAAGGGUGAAUUGCGUAUCAAGCACCUUGAGAGAGUAGGCAAUCCAGUUGAAGCCAAAGAAGCAAAUCUGAAUGAGAAAGAAAAUCUCAAUCGCUUGCGCUUAAUCUGGGACCAUAACAAUGGAUCCGAGUCAUCAGAACAUGCUGAGAAGGUACUGGAAUUUCUUGAACCUCAUCCAAAUCUUCAAUUUUUACAAAUACGAGGAUAUGCAGGUGUCGUUUUUCCACAUUGGAUGCAUGAGUCUGUUCUUUAUAAUCUAACUUCAUUUGCGCUGAGCGACUGCAAGAAUUGCAUACAACUCCCUCCACUGUCAAAACUACCUUUCUUGAGCAAUUUAUGGUUGGAAAAAAUGAAUAGUGUGCAGUAUUUGGAUGAUGAAAACCAAUGGGGACCGACAAGAUUUCCGUCAUUAAAAUCCCUUUGUGUUACUGAUUGUCCGGAACUGCUAAGAUUGACUCGAGAUGAAAGAAGAGAGCAAGUCCUACAUCUUAACAGAUUACACGUUGACAAUUGUCCCCGAUUGUCAUUGCCGUGCCUAGUAUCACUUAAAGACCUUUAUAUAAGAGGAUGCACAGAAACCUUAUUUAAAUCCAUUUCAAAUCUCAGUAGUCUUGAUUCUCUUUGUGUAUCAGAAAACAGUGACUUGACAUCUUUCCCGGUCGGGAUGCUGCAAAAACUUACUGCUCUUGGAGUUCUGAGCUUACAGAGAAUUCCCAAUUUAAAAGUUUUGCCUGAUGACUUAGUUGGUGUCAAUUCGUUGGCAACACUACUUGUUAAAGGCUGUCAUGAGCUUGAAUGUUUACCAGAGAAAGGCCUUCGAAACCUAAACUCUCUUCGGAUUAUAGAAAUCGCCGACUGUAGAAAAUUCAAAUCGUUAUCAGAAGGGAUCCGGCACCUCACUUCACUUGAGUCCUUGGUUAUCAAAAAUUGUCCAGAGUUGGCUGCUUUACCAGAAGAGAUUAAACACUUGGUAUCUCUUAGAAAUUUAUCUCUAUAUAAUCAACCCAACUUGGCAUCUCUGCCACACUCAUUUGGCAACCUCACCUCUCUGAGUUCAUUAGAAAUUUAUGAUUGCGCAAAGCUCACAUAUCUACCUGUAGGUAUUAAGAACCUCGCCAACUUAAACUUAUUGAGGAUUGUAAAAUGCCCUGAACUAGUGAAACGAUGUGAGAAGCCGACGGGAGAGGACUGGUUUAAAAUAUCACACAUUCCAAGCAUAUAUUUAGAUAACACAACUAUGAGCGUUGCAGACUGCAGGGUACUUUGUUUUCAAAAUCUUAGCACACAAAGAAGUCAGAUUAUUGAUCAAAUGCCAUGCUUGCUUAGCUAGAAGCGCUAGAUUAAAAGAAAAUAAAUUUACACUAUAAAUGGCCUUCCGCCUUAGAGGCACAUAUAAAUGACGAAAGGAUACGUAAUGUCGAGCCAACCCUGUGGAUUGAAGAUGCCGAGCAACAGAUCGUAGUUCUUCCGAAACAUGUUCAUCAACUGUUGAUGUUGUUUUUGGCAAAGAUUAGAAAGUAUGAAUUUGCAGGUUCAUCAAACAUUGUACAUAAUUUCAGAAUCCUGUUAAGUGAGUUGUGUCUGAAUUUAGCAUACCUGAUCAGGAGUGAUGUAUGAAUUCUCAUAAUUUAUUUCAACUCUCUGUGACAAAGAAGCAAAUGUAGUUCAAUGAAAAUCUAAAACUUGUGUUGCUAAA